AUGGCUCUGGAGGUCACUUCGAUGAUGACACAGACUCCUGGCGCCAACAUCGCUGUCACAACUCCCUUGUCACCACACGAGGUUCCCAUGAAGCUACUAGCGAUACCGCCCAUUCUGGACGCCACGAAAAUCCAUGGCCUCCUCGACCCAAGAUCCAUAUCCACCGAUUUCGAUAAACUGCGUUUCGAGGCCGCGGCACACGAACAACUCAUCCUUCGCGACGAGCAGUCCAACAAGACCGCCGUCCGAGCUGCACAGCCAUCCUCCACUCUCCUGAUCUCCUCCCCGUACAACAUCCCAGGCCACUACCUCGAUCUUUCCUCUCCGCACCUGACCACAUCUUCCAGGCUCCUCGCACUAGCUCUUACAGUCCUGAAACCAGCAGCACCCACCUACGCAACCGCUUCCUACACCCAGGCCCUGAACUUCGACUCUGUCCUGAUCGCUCUACGCGAUCUGAUCGCAAAGGAAAACUUCACCUGGAGAGAAACGAGUUUCUACGUUGUGGUCUUCCGCUCACAGCUCAAAGAAGGAAUCGACGAGGAGUAUCUGUAUCGACUCGACGAAGAAUCUCAUCGGGAGGCGUGUGAGAGUGGGGGGCUCUUGAAGUAUUGGUUCGGCAAGGCAGAUGGGGAGAGGAGAAAUCUUGCUACUUGUAUGUUGUUGUUCCCUUUCUUCCAAUACCUAAAGUGA